GAUGUAAGAUGUAAAUUAUGAUAAUAUCAUAAAUAGAAAAAAGAACAAAGCAAGUUUGAAAAUUUUCUUAUUCGAUUUAAAGCUUUAAUAGAAUCAUAUUAAACUAUAACACCAGAACCAGAAGAAUAACCAAAACAAUAAGUAACAAAACAAAAAAAACAAAAAAGACAAAAAGAUCCAUUAGCACCUAAGAUGCCUAAAUCAGCCUUCAUCUUUUAUUUUUAGGAUAAAAGAGAGAAAUUUUAAUAACAAUAUCCAAGUCUUAUUUAAUGCUAUGCUAGAUCUACAGUUUUAAGAAAUCACCAAAUUAAUUGCAAAUGAAUGGAAAGAUUUACCAAAAGAAAUAUAAUAGGUACUUAAACUUAAUUUUAAUAUAUAGUCAUAUCAUGAUAAAGCCUUUAAUGAUAGAAGUCGUUAUUCAUAAGAAAGUUAACUCUAUUGCACAUAAACAGGCAAAAAAUUCAAUGGAAAAAGUUUAACUAAAACCAAUAAAUAAAGUGCAAAAAAUGAAAAAAUCUAAUAAAAAGUAGAUUAAGAUGAAGAAAAUGAUUCUUUUGGUGCAGACAUAGGUUAAGAAUGAUAU